AUGGAAAUAUCUGAAGUUAUAAAAGAUUUUGAUAGAAAUGCAGAUGAAUUGUUUUUUUCUUAAGAAACAUAACUUCUCUAUAGAAGUUUUUUUGAGCUUUUUGAAUGUGUUUAAUACACAUCUGAAAAUUUUUUUGUGAAUAAUUAAGGGCAAACUUUAUUAGAAUUAAGUAAAAGAGUUAAUUUUUUUAAAAAAUUUGAAAACAAAUCAGCUGUUGGAAUCAUUCAUAAUAACAUAGGAAAUAUUUUACUGAAUUAAUAGCAUUAUUUCUAAGCUUUAGAACAUUUCUCACUAGCUAUUAUGUAUGCCAAGUAUGAAAUUUAGCAAUUCUAUAAUGAUAACAACAUUAACUAUUUAUUUGAUAAUAUCUUUUCACUAUAUUAAUUUUAUGAAACUAACUUUGAAAAAUCCUAAAAAAUAAAGAAUUAGGAAUCAUAAAUUUCAAAAAUUUCUAAUUUUUCAUUCAAGAAAAAAAAUCUUUCUUUUUCUGAAACAUAAAAUAAUUUAAAAAUGAAUUCCUUCAAUUUAGAAAAAUAAGCAAGUAAUGAAAAUAUUUAAGGAACUUCUGAAACUUCUUCUAUUUAUGCUCCAUAAUAAUAAAUGCCAAAACAAAUAUUUUAAAAUAACCAAAAAUAAAAAAAUAAAUUUAUUUUAACCAAUGAAGAUAAUGAUUAAUAAUUCAAAUUGCAAUAAUUACCUAGAUAAUAUGAGAGUUAGGAAAAAUAAAAAUAGUUUUUUGAGCUUUUAGAAAGCUUAAAGUCACGUAUUUUUAAUUAUACAGCAAGUUUGAUAGCUUUUUAAGAGAAUUUAGAAAAGAAUUAAAUAGAUUAAUGGAGUUAUAAUUUUUGGCCAGAAAUAAGAUAACUAUUAAAUGAUUUAAUUCAAGUUUAGUCUUUCCUUCCUACAAGCGAAAGUGCUUAAGCUUUGCAUUUAUGUUUAGUUUCAAAAAGCAGUUAUAGAUUAUUUUAAUGUAAUGAAGCUGUGUUAAAUUUUUAAGAAGCCAUUCAAAUUACAAAUAAUGAAGGAAUAUAAAGUAAACAGCUAAACUUUGAAAAUGAACCUAAUUUUUUAAUAGAUUCUAAAUAAAUAAAUACUAAAAAGCAUAAAAACAAGAUUAAUCUAUAAAGCUAAAAAAUUUAAAAUAAAUCUUAAAAUAUCACUCAAACUAAUCUUGAUGAGGAAACUAAACAAUAAUCGUUACAUCGAAAGUAUAUAGGAUAUAGUUAGUUUAAAGUAGAUUCACAUGGAACAAAUAUAUUUGAGAAAACAAAUUAAAGUUAAAUUAUUUCUAUUUUUCAAUUAGCUAAUAGUUCAGAUAUUAUCACUAAAACUACUAAAAAAGAGUUUCCAUAAUGA